AUGGUGGUGGAGCAGAGAGUGCUGCUGACUGUCACCCAGAAUGAGCUACAGAAAGUGGAGGCUGAAAAUGCAGCUGUGAAGACUGAAGUGACGAACCUGAAGAUGGAAAAUGCAGCUCAACAGACAGAGCUGGCCAUACUGAAAAGCAGACUGGCCGCCACUGAGACUGACAUGGAGCAUACCAGACUGGCAGCUACUGAGACUGAUGUAGAGAAUCUGGAGAAAGAGAUCACAGAGCAACCCAAGGUGGCAUUCUCAGUAGGGCUGGGCUCAGGAUACAUAGAGUCUGGGAACACUGAGCUGAACUUGGUCUUCACUAAAAUCAUCACCAAUGUUGGACAGGCCUACAACAGCAUGACAGGCUUCUUCACAGCUCCAGUCAGGGGAGUCUACUACUUCAGAUUCACUGUCACGGAUCACCUAACUUCACGCUAUAUGGACAUCAUGAUGUUUAAGAAUGGAGAGAAGAUCCUGCAUUUACAUGAGUAUGAUGCACAUGGAACCUGGAAUUAUUUGUCCAGUGGUGCUACUCUGCAGCUGGAGGAGGGAGAUGUAGUUAACAUGCGACUUCCUGCAGGCUACAGGCUCUAUGAUGAUGGUAAUAAUCACAGCACCUUCAGUGGCUUCCUGCUCUUUCCUCUCUGA